AUGUCGGAGAGUUUCGACCGAACUCCAGGUGCCGGCCGAGGUAGGGGCUGGGCCCGGUUCUUCGACCACGGCGCUGCUCCCCUCGGCGGCGCGGGCGCGUCUGGGAACGGCGGCAGGCUCCACCUCUGGGGCGGUGGUUCCCUCAGCUCAGGCACGGCUGAAGAGUACCAGCACCAAGCGGGCGGCCUCUUCCUGCAGCAGGAACCAUUGCGGCCUCCAAAGACGGCACUGCUGGGCAGCAGAAUCGUAGAAUAUCAGCAACAGACAAGAAUUCCAUCUCAAUCACAAGUUUCAGUUCCUGCUUUUGAGCUAGAUAUGUCUGAACCUCAAUUGCCUGUGGCACCUGUGGUAAUGUCAAAGUUAUCUGCUAAAGCACCCGAGUUCUAUCCAUCAGGAUACAACCAAAACUUCAAUCAGAAUUUUGCAGAUUUUUCCUUUGAAGAUAGAUAUGAUGGCUAUCUGACUUUGGCGGAAUAUGUACAAGACUUUCUAAAUCACCUCACCGAGCAACCAGGUUGUUUUGACACUGAAAUAGAGCAGUUUGCUGAAACACUGAAUGGCUGGAUCACUGCAGAUGAAGCUUUGCAAGAAAUUGUUGAACUCAUCUAUCAGCAGGCCACAUCUGUCCCACAUUUUUCCUACAUGGGAGCACGAUUGUGUAACUAUCUGUCUCAGCAUCUCACCAUUAGUCCACAAAGUGGGAACUUCCGACAGUUGUUACUUCAAAGAUGUCGAACGGAGUAUGAAAACAGAGAUGAAGCUACCAAAGGAGAUGGGACUACUCAAAAACAAUUUCAUGCCUUUGUGUUGUUCUUAGCUGAACUUUACCUUAACCUAGAGAUUAAAGGAACAAAGGGACAGGUAAUGAGAGCAGAAAUCCUUCAAGAAGGCCUUCGGGAGUUACUAAAUGCACUCUUUUCUAAUCCUGUGGACAGUAAUUUGAUAUGUGCAGUGAAACUGCUGAAGUUGACAGGCUCAGUUUUAGAAGAUGCCUGGAAAGAAAAGGGAAAGAACGAUAUGGAUGAAAUGAUUCAGAGAAUUGAAAAUGUUGUGUUGGAUGCAAACUGUAGCAGAGAUGUGAAACACAUGCUUCUGAAACUAGUAGAGCUGCGAGCAAGUAACUGGGGUAGAGUGCAUGGAACUUCUUCGCACACAGAAGCUACCCCUGAAAAUGACCCAAACUAUUUCAUGAAUGAACCAACAUUUUACACUUCUGAUGGCGUUCCUUUCACUGCAGCAGAUCCAGAUUACCAAGAAAAAUACCAAGAGCUGCUUGAAAGAGAGGAUUUGUUUCCAGAUGACGAUGAAAAUGGAACUGAUUUAUCGGGACCUGGAGAUCCGUAUUUUGAUGACAUUGAUGAUGAGAUGGAUCCAGAAAUUGAAGAAGCAUUUGAAAAGUUCUGUCUAGAAUCAGAACAUAAGAGGAAACAAUGAUAUGUUACAUGUUAAUGUCAGUUUAUUAAGCCAGUUUAGAUAUGGUUAGAACACAGGGGGACACAAAACAUUUGUACCAAAAUAAGGAACUUGACUUUCUCCAAGUACUAAAGCUAUACAAUUUCCAUUUUGUUCAACAGAAUCUGCCAAAAAUUGUAAACUUAUGCCCUGUAACUUAAAAUGUUGUGUAUAUAUAUCAUAGUUUAUUUUAUGUACAGGUAUAUGAACAAUGUUUUGGCUGCAAUAAAAAGGAUUUAAAAAUUACCAUAAUUUAAAAUCUAGUGGGGAACUGUCAAGUAAAACUUCCCUUAAGGGAGAAAUGGGGAUAACUUGAUUGAAAUUUAAUUGCUUGUUUGCUUGUUUUGAUAUAUAUUGAGAUUUAUUAAUCCUUUUUGUUAUAUAUACAAGAUACCUGGUAUUUAAUUUUGGGUUUGUUUUUGGCUUUGUGUUCAGUUGUUUUGGUUUUUUCCUAAGAAGAAUAUGAUCCAUGAGUUUGUGAAAGUUUUGGUUUGUUUAAUUUUUUUCUGUUUUAUUUCCUUUUUCUUCCAAAACUCAUAUAGGGGAUGUCCAGAGCUUUUUUCUGGAAUAAACAUGUUGUAUGUUGACAAGUAUUUCUUAAGUCAGGUGCUUUCAGGAUUUUUGGUUCAGAUAAGUUUCAACUUCUACAUGCAAAACAAUACCUUUAAACUUGUAGUCUUGAGGACUACAUGAACAUAGUUCUGGUUUAACACCAGCUUCUCUUGAGUAUAUGCAGUGCUGAAUAUGUUUUUGUUUGUUUUGAAGUAUCUAACAUGUCUAACUUUCCCAACCCUUGUAACUUUCUUUAGUCUUCUGAUUCUACAUAGUUUGAUUUAAUUUUGUAUUUGGAGUAAAUUCACGUGUUUCAUCAAUAUUCUGAAGCCAGCUGCUCUGUUUCUGACCUCAUAUAAUCAUGUUAGUUUUCCUAGGGUACUUCAUUGUUGCCAAACCUGGUUGUACUGUUUCCUGUUAGUGGUUACACAAGUAGAGCCCUUUGGAAAGGGGGGGAAAAAAAAAGAAAAAAACCAAACAAAAAAAGGAAAUAUUUCAUGAAGGUUGGCUAUUUUAAAGAAUACCUUUUGUAAAUAUGCAUGUAAAUAAUUCUGUUAAUA